AUGGAGACCUUGAGACAAUUGGAUGGUGGGUGCAAAGAGUUGAACGAAGAGCAGCAAAGCCGUAUUGCACUGGCAUUUGCUCAUUGCCACCUGCAACGGUCUGGGAGGAAGUUCCCACCCUGUGAAAUUGGUAGCUCUAUCCGUGACUGCACACAGCACAUGGAUCCAGUGGCUUUUGGCGUGUACACUGAGUUUUUCACUCAUGCUCAUGCCAUCUGUUAUUUCCUUCACAAUGAGGCUUGGCAGCAGCAGGCCCAAGAUACUGUGCACAGGCUGAUCUCCUCUUCGGAAACGGUGGCCCAUCAGUUGGAAUCUACCAACCAGCUUGCAGAAGAGACUGCUCGGAUCCAAAAUGCCACUUUGCGCACUCAGGAGCAGAUCCUGCGCGAUGGGGAGCUGCUAUGGCAGACGCUCCGUGACUCCUCCCAAGGCAUCUACCAGGCCUUCCAAGAACUGCAGAAUUCGGCCAUCGAGCAACGAGUGGCCUUUGCAGAGAUCUUCAGUCGGGUGGCCUUCCUGCACCGCUUUGUAGUGGGGGAAUCCAAUGCUCUCUAUUCUGUCUUCUUCCAUCUCUUGAGCGCUGUUACUGCCCUGCUGCUGACCUCUAGCCAGCGAACUGCAAAAGCUCGCAUCUCCUUCUGGGUCGGCCUGACCCGCCGGACCUUUGCUGGACUGUGCAUAGCUAUACUAGCUUAUUUUAUUUGGACCUACAAGGACCCAGCCAAACAGAGCCAAGAGGUGCUGCAGAGUCUGCAGGAAACUCGGAAAGAGAUUCAGCAACUUUUACAAGAAACAGAGCGGCUGUUGUCUAACCCAGAGCUUCUGUUUCAAGACACCAAACCUAGAACAGAAAAGGAGGUUUCGACUGACAUCGGAGUCUCAAAGCUGCUGUUCUGUUCAGAGAAGAGAGCUGAAAUGGAUGCAAAAGAAUAUUGGGCUGAAUAUCAGAGAAUUCCUUCUCUAGCAGACUGUGAAAACCAAAGCUGGGCUGUAAAGCAGUUGAACUACAAACACAAUCUGCAAGCAGUUGAUGAGAUACGGACCAGUAGCCCCAGACAGAGAAGAUGGCCAUCUUCCCAGAUUCAUCGUUCAUUGUCUGGCCGGCAUAGGCAAUCCCAAAACGUGGCUACUCAGCUGCUGACAAUCUCUAUACCAGUGGAUGGGACACCGCGGUACAACCUUCGGCGGCGCCAGUCUCUACAAGACCCAGAAUCUUUCACAAGUCGAUAGGCCUGAGCCCCAGAUGUCUGCAAGAGCAGCCAAAGACGUAUAAAUAACUCCACCGUGUACCGAUGCAGCCAAAGGAAGCAGCAUCUCUUUUGGCAAGGUUUUGGUCAAUAAUCACACUUCUUUUGAGUAAGAAAAUAAUCCAUCUGGGACAUAUGUUUCCUUUUAUUUGAUUUUUCUCCGAGUAUCCUAAGAUCUCUAAAGAUAUUAAAGAACCUGGGCAGGCAAGAGUUGAGCUGGAUAUUAUU